CGCGGGAGCCGCCUCGGAGACGCAAGGCCCACUUGCACCCAGGACCCUGGGCCUCCGCUUUGCGGGUUCGUCUUGGAGAAGCAUCCUGGGCCUUCCCUUCCCUGCUGCAAAGGGCGCGGGCUGGCGGGACGUCCCGAGAAGGCCGGCCGCUCGUGGCCACGUCCGGGCCGGGCCCGGGCGUGCAGAGCAGCAGAAGCAGGGCCGGCGAUCGCUCCUGCUCUCUCCCCAGCGCGCCGGAGUCGGGGCGGCUGCUGUGGCUGCAGCUUCGGGGACAACACCUUCCCCUGCUGAAGCUCCUUGUUGCAGUCCGCAACUCUUCUCUGCUCCGCACGCUGGGAGCGAGCUUGCCCAUCAGAUACUCCUGGCUCGGCCUGAACAUGUUGGACGGCUUGAAGAUGGAGGAGAACUUUCAAAGUGCGAUUGAGACCUCGGCCUCCUUCUCCUCCUUGCUGGGCAGAGCGGUGAGCCCCAAGUCUGUCUGCGAGGGCUGUCAGCGGGUGAUCUCGGACAGGUUUCUGCUGCGGCUCAACGACAGCUUCUGGCACGAGCAGUGCGUGCAGUGCGCCUCCUGCAAGGAGCCACUGGAGACCACCUGCUUCUACCGGGACAAGAAGCUCUACUGCAAGUACGACUAUGAGAAACUGUUUGCUGUCAAAUGUGGGGGCUGCUUUGAGGCCAUCGCACCCAAUGAGUUUGUGAUGCGUGCCCAGAAGAGCGUGUAUCACCUGAGCUGCUUCUGCUGCUGUGUCUGUGAGCGACAGCUGCAGAAGGGGGAUGAGUUUGUCCUGAAGGAGGGACAGCUGCUCUGCAAAGGGGACUAUGAGAAGGAGCGGGAGCUGCUCAGCCUGGUGAGCCCAGCAGCCUCAGACUCAGGCAAAAGUGAUGAUGAAGAAAGUCUUUGCAAAUCAGCCCACGGGGCAGGGAAAGGAGCUUCUGAGGAUGGCAAGGACCAUAAGCGCCCCAAACGUCCCAGAACCAUCUUGACGACCCAGCAGAGGAGAGCAUUCAAGGCUUCAUUUGAAGUGUCCUCCAAGCCCUGCAGAAAGGUGAGGGAGACUCUGGCUGCGGAGACAGGGCUGAGCGUCCGUGUCGUUCAGGUGUGGUUCCAGAACCAGAGAGCCAAGAUGAAGAAGCUGGCCAGGCGGCAGCAGCAGCAGCAGCAGGACCAGCAGAACACCCAGAGGCUGAGUUCUGCUCAGACAAAUGGUGGUGGGAGUGCCGGGAUGGAAGGGAUCAUGAACCCCUACACAGCCCUGCCCACCCCUCAGCAGCUCCUGGCCAUCGAGCAGAGUGUCUAUAACUCUGACCCCUUCCGACAGGGUCUCACCCCACCCCAGAUGCCUGGAGAUCACAUGCACCCCUACGGCCCAAGGCCAGCAAAGCAGUUGAAAGAAGGGGUCCUUCUGCUGCUGGUCGUUUGCCAUCACACUGAGGUGCUUGUCCACCAUGGGCAUUGCUACUAA